CGUCGCGCACCCCCGGUUGCAGCCCGCAAAUGGUCUGGUCCGUCGGCAGCCGCCACCACUUCGCCAGAAAAAGCUGCUGGAGCUGCUUCGGGUCUGGCAACGCAGCCAGGAGUCGCUGCUCCCGCAGGCGGUGGGCGGGCGGAGGGAAGCACCAGACCUCCAGCUCUAGCUGCAGCCCGGGGCGGCCGCCGGCGGGAAACCCGCGGGCCGCAGUGGGACCGCCUCCCGCAGGGAGGCGAGGACCGGGGCUGGGCUGUCCUCACCCGGAUACCUUCUUUUCCCAUAACUUCACUGUCCUGAAACCUGAGUAUUCCACCAAGAUAACAUGAUAGGAAUGUUCAGUGGUUCAGAGCCAUAUCCUACUUAGACUCAUGUAGGCCGUCCAGAUUUCCUGAGAGCUCGGUACAGGGACACGCUGCUUGCUGAUCGGCACAAGCAAUAAUGCCAUCUCUGCCUCAAGAAAGAGUUAUUCAGGGACCCUCUCCCCUGGAUCUGAGUACAGAUCUGUCUUAUCAAAGCACUAUGAAGAGGAAAGUCAGAAAGAAGAAAAAGAAGGGAAUAAUCACAGCAAAUGUGGCUGGGACCAAGUUUGAAAUUGUUCGUUUAGUAAUAGAUGAAAUGGGAUUUCUGAAAACUCCAGAUGAGGAUGAAACAAGUAACCUUAUAUGGUGUGAUUCUGCAGUACAGCAGGAGAAGAUUGCAGAGCUGCAAAAUUAUCAGAGGAUCAACCAUUUCCCAGGAAUGGGGGAGAUCUGUAGGAAGGAUUUCUUAGCAAGAAAUAUGACCAAAAUGAUCAAGUCACGGCCUCUGGACUAUACCUUUGUUCCUCGAACAUGGAUCUUCCCUGCUGAAUAUACUCAAUUCCAGAACUAUCUGAAAGAAUUGAAGAAAAAAAGAAAGCAGAAAACUUUCAUAGUAAAACCAGCUAAUGGUGCAAUGGGUCAUGGGAUUUCUUUGAUAAGAAAUGGUGACAAACUGCCAUCUCAGGAUCAUCUCAUUGUUCAAGAAUACAUUGACAAGCCUUUCCUAAUGGAAGGUUACAAGUUUGAUUUACGAAUUUAUAUUCUGGUAACAUCAUGUGAUCCACUAAAAAUAUUUCUGUACCACGACGGACUAGUGCGCAUGGGAACAGAGAAGUACAUCCCACCUAAUGAGUCCAAUUUGACCCAGUUGUACAUGCACCUGACCAACUACUCUGUGAACAAGCACAACGAGCGUUUUGAAAGGGACGAAACUGAAAACAAAGGCAGCAAACGCUCCAUCAAAUGGUUCACAGAAUUCCUGCAAGCAAACCAAUAUGAUGUUACUAAGUUUUGGAGUGACAUUUCAGAGUUGGUUGUUAAGACCCUGAUUGUGGCAGAACCUCAUGUCCUGCAUGCGUAUCGGAUGUGCCGGCCCGGUCAGCCUCCGGGAAGUGACAGUGUCUGCUUCGAGGUCCUAGGAUUUGAUAUUUUGUUGGACAGAAAACUAAAGCCAUGGCUUCUGGAGAUCAACCGAGCUCCGAGCUUCGGAACCGACCAGAAAAUAGACUACGACGUGAAGAGAGGAGUGCUGCUAAACGCACUGAAGCUGCUGAACAUCAGGACCAGUGAUAAAAGGAGAAACUUGGCCAAACAAAAAGCUGAGGCUCAAAGGAGGCUUUAUGGUCAAAAUUCAAUGAGAAGGCUCUUACCAGGUUCCUCAGACUGGGAACAGCAGAGACAUCAGUUGGAGAGGCGGAAAGAGGAGUUGAAAGAGAGACUCGCUCAAGUACGAAAGCAGAUCUCCAAAGAAGAACAUGAAAAUCGACAUAUGGGGAAUUAUAGACGAAUUUAUCCUCCUGAAGAUAAGACUCUACUUGAAAAGUAUGAAAAUUUGUUGGCUGCUGCCUUUCAGACCUUUCUUUCAGGAAGAGCAGCUUCAUUCCAGCGAGAGCUGAAUAAUCCUUUGAAAAAGAUGAAGGAGGAAGAUAUCUUGGAUCUUCUGGAGCAAUGUGAAAUCGAUGAUGAAAAGUUGAUGGGCAAAACUGCCAGGCCUCGAGGACCAAAGCCUCUGUGUUCCAUGCCCGAGAGCUCGGAGAUAAUAAAAAGACAGAAGUACUGGAGUAGUGACAGCAGUUAUGACAGCAGCAGCAGCUCCUCUGAAUCAGAUGAAAAUGAAAAAGAAGAGCACCAAAAUAAGAAACAAGAAAAGCAAGUUACUUAUAAUCUUAAACAGUCCAACCACUACAAAUUAAUCCAACCAUCCAGCUCCAUAAGGCGUUCAUUCAGUUGCCCUCGGUCCAUCUCUUCUCAGUCACCUUCUAGUGCAGAUAUCCGGCCCCUUUCUGCUCAACAAAUGAUGCCAGCAUCCCGGCCAACUUCAGCCUCUCGGUCACACUCCUUGAACCGUGCUUCCUCCUACGUGAGGCAAGUGCCUCAGAGUAAUGAUGCCAGCUCUACCAACUCUCAGAUGAGCAGGUCUUUGCGGCGACUGAGAACAAAAGAGCAAGAAGACGAUCUAACAAGUCAGACCUUGUUUGUUCUCAAGGACAUGAAGAUCCGGUUUCCAGGAAAGUCAGAUGCAGAAACAUUAAUUCUGGUAGAAGAUAUCAUUGGUAACUGGAAGCAUCAUAAAACAAAGGUGGCUUCAUAUUGGCUCAUAAAAUUGGACUCUGUAAGACAGCGAAAAGUUUUGGACAUAGUAAAAACAAGUAUUCGUACAAUUCUUCCACGCAUCUGGAAAGUAACUGAUGUUGAUGAAAUAUAUUUAUAUCGGAUUUUUAACCGGGUUUUUAACCGCUUACUCUGGAGUCAUGGCCAGGGACUGUGGAAUUGUUUCUGUGAUUCAGGAUCCUCUUGGGAGAGUAUUUUCAGUAAAAGCCCUGAGGUGGUGACUCCUUUGCAGCUCCAAUGUUGCCAGCGCCUGGUUGAACUAUGUAAACAGUGCCUGCUAGUGGUUUACAGACACACAACUGACGCAAGAGGAUCACUCUCAGGCAUUUGUACUGAUUGGGGUAAUUCCAGGUAUUUACUUCCGAGCAGUACACAAUUCUUCAUGAAAACACCAACCUACAACUUGAAGUACAGUUCACCUGGAAUGACUCGUUCCAAUGUUUUGUUUACAUCCCGAUACGGCCAUUUGUGAAGUAGAAGGGAAGAUCACCAGGCGUUAUGCAUAAGAGCAAUUCAUGCAAUUUAAACAUGCAAAGGAAGUAACCAUUAAGUGCUGUUUUAUGUAUAUAUGACAUAUAUAUGUGUGAAAUAUAGACACACAUUUACUCAAAUAACAUGUAUAUUUAUUAUAAUACAUAAAAGAAGAAUUAGCAGAAAACUUGGAUAUAUAAAACUUAACCUUUCUGGAAAUGUAAUAAAACAUGUUAAUAUUGUUUACAAAUAUGUGAAUGUCUAGAAUUUGCCAGGUUUAUAAAUACCUUCCUACUAGAAAUGUUAUUUUUGCUGCAGAGUAUAUGAAACAGAAUUGAUCUUGAAGAUCCCAUAACAGUGUUAAAUUAUUUUCUAGAUGACAUGUCUUUGACUUAAAAAAACAUUAAUAGUAUAAUACCUUAUUCUCUUAUGUAUAUAGUAGCCAUAUAAAAUGAAGAAAAAUUAGAAGCCUGGUGUUGCUUUGAUGGUAGGAUUAAUUAUGAAACGGGUUUAUCAUUACUAUAGUACACUGUAAAGUGCUAUGAAAAUCUCAGCCUAAUUCUUCAACAUUUUUAUUCCUCUAUGUGCAAAUUUAGCUAUGUAUGAUAAUGUAAAUUUUCAGUAAGGAUCUAGUGAGAUCCUAUUCUGAUCUAAAAUGGAAGACAAUCCAGUGGGUUAAGAAUAAAUAAAAUAUAAAUUAAAUUCGCUUUCAUUUUUACUUUUCAUUGGGAGUUACAUAAAGGAAGAAAAGAUGACAAUGACAAAAUCUUCUCAUGAUUUUUGCAUCUCAUACCACUCAUUUUUAUUUGGAAAGUGUAUUUCCAAUGGGUGUACACAGUCAAAUACAGUUUUUCCUGUUCUUCAGAAGUGGAAGAGUUGACCUUUCAAACUCAUAUCGGUGUUACAUGGUAAUGUGUCACACUUGUUUUAUGUCUUUCAAUGUUGAGACCAAAUUAAACUGUAGUCUAGCCCAGUUGCACAUUGUGCCGUAGAAAAUAAUCUACAGUAUUGCAAAUAGAAGAUUCUGACUACUGGAUAUUAUCAGUUAGGGUGUACCCUUAAGAAUUUAAAAAUAUCAAAAAGUAUGAGGUUUCUUCUUGUUCAAAGUUAAUAUGCAUAACUUUCAUAGGAGUUUAUUUCCAUUUCUUGAGCCCUGGCUGGUGUGGCUCAGUGGAUUGAGGGCCAGCCUGUGAACCAAAAGGUCAUUGGUUCAAUUCCCAGUCAGGGCACAUCCCUGGGU